CACUGUGAGGAAGCUGGGAAGGACAGAGGGCAGGGCAGUGCUACAAAGACCCCGCAGGUCUGGGACGUCCCUGGGGAAUUCCAAUCAGUUUUCCGGGUGCUGGGGAGUCCCCCUCGCCCCUGUGAGCAAGGUCGCAGCGGGAUUCUCACAGUGGGUCGCCGCCCUUGGCUAGCUCCAGAAGCCCAAGUCCGUGACUCGGGAGGCACAGCGAUGGCAGGCCCCCGGCACCCCGUGUCGGUAUGCACACUGGCCCUAGUGCAGACAGAGCGGCAUCAGACAUUUGCCUUCUCUGUGAGCUGGUCGGACGACAGCGACACCUUUGUGCGCAGGAGCUGGGAUGAGUUCAAGACACUCCACAAGACCCUCAAGGAAACCUUCCCGGUAGAGGCGGGCCUGCUGCGGAGAUCAGACCGCGUUCUCCCCAAGCUUCGCGACGCAUCGCUGUUGGUGCGCGGGGGGCGCACCGGUCGUGGCCUAGCGCGCCUGCGGCUGCUGGAGACCUACUCGCGGGAGUUGCUGGGGGCGGCGGAGCGCGUGUCCCGGAGCCCGGCGCUCACCGGUUUCUUUGCGCCGCAACCCCUGGACCUGGAGCCCACACUGCCACCUGGCAGUCUGGUGAUCCUGCCUGCCCCUGAAGAGCCCCCGCCCCGCCCACCGGACAGCCUCACCAUCCGUAGCCUGGAGGCUCAGAGCCUGCGCUGCCUGCAGCCUUUCAGCACCCAGGACAUGCAGGGCCGGCCUUUCCAAGCACGGGCCCAGGAGGCCCUAGACGUGCUGCUGCGACACCCCUCAGGCUGGUGGCUGGUGGCAAAUGAAGACCAGCAGACAGCAUGGUUUCCUGCUCCCUACCUGGAGGAAGCAGCCUUGGGCCAAGAGCAACAACCCCUAGGGAGUGGUGGGCCCCAAUUCUGCACUGCCCUCGCCUAUGAGAGCAGCCACGAGGAUGAACUGUCCGUGCCCGCAGGGGCGCGCGUGCGCGUGCUGGAAACAUCCGACCGCGGCUGGUGGCUGUGCAGGUUCGGCAGGCGCUCUGGUCUUCUCCCGGCCGUGCGGCUGCGACCGGAGGGCCUGGGCGCUCUCCUGAGUAGACCGGGGCUCCACCGCGAGGCCAACGGCGAGGAGAUUAGAGUGGGAGAGGCCCAAGGCGCCCCUGAGACCUCCCAGGCCGCGACCCUUCCCCCUACCGUGCCGGCCCGCCCCACGCUGAGCGCCAUUCAGAGCCGCUGCUGCACCAUCACCCGCAGGGCACUGCUGCGCAAGGACCCCCUUGAGGGUGUGUGGAAUUGCGCAGAGGGCAAGCCAAACGCUCCAGACCCCGGGGAGGACUGAUGCCAGCCACCACCAUCAGUGCUGGGGGAGGAGCAUGUGAGGGUGGGAGCCUUGGCGGGAAGGGCCAGGAAGCUAUACUCCUCCAUGGCCUGAGUAAAGCUCUUCUGACUGAUCCACA